AUGGCGACUCAGAUCAGCAAGAAGAGAAAGUUUGUAGCGGACGGUGUGUUCUACGCCGAAUUGAAUGAGUUUUUGACCAGAGAGCUCGCUGAGGAUGGUUACUCUGGUGUUGAGGUUAGGGUUACUCCUAUGAGAACUGAGAUUAUCAUCAGAGCCACUCGUACUCAGAACGUUCUCGGUGAGAAGGGAAGGAGAAUCAGGGAAUUGACAUCUCUUGUCCAGAAGAGAUUCAAGUUUCCUCAAGACAGUGUUGAGCUUUAUGCUGAAAAGGUUAUCAACAGAGGUCUUUGUGCCAUUGCUCAGGCUGAGUCUCUCCGUUACAAGCUCCUCGGUGGUCUUGCUGUUCGUAGGGCCUGUUAUGGUGUUUUGAGAUAUGUUAUGGAGAAUGGAGCUAAGGGAUGCGAAGUUAUUGUGAGUGGAAAACUCCGUGCUCAACGUGCUAAGUCCAUGAAAUUCAAGGAUGGGUACAUGGUUUCCUCUGGUCAGCCAACCAAGGAGUACAUUGACUCGGCAGUGAGACAUGUUUUGCUUAGACAGGGUGUGCUUGGAAUCAAGGUUAAGAUCAUGCUUGCCUGGGACCCUCUUGGCAAAUCAGGACCAAUGACACCAUUGCCUGAUGUUGUCAUCAUUCAUACGCCUAAGGAAGAAGAUACGAAGUCCGUGCCUGCUCAGGUUGUUGCUCAGGCUGCUCCUUUGAUGGAAGCUCCACUCACGGCCGUAGAUUACCCUGAGAUGAUCCCUGUAGCCUAG